AUGUCCACAUGUCAUGUUGCAACAUCAUCGUGCUUAUCACUUUCUGACCACAUGCUUACCACCUGGUACUUGCUCACAUAUUCCCCUCAUCUUUCUGCUCCCCACCAUUUUCUCCACUCCGUCACACCUCUCCGCCAAACGUGCAUCCCACUCCCUCCUGCCACCCUCCCAUCACCCAAGCCCUCCACCACCACACCAUCACCCGCUCAACCACUCCCCCAUCCUCCAACCCGCUCAACCAUCACCCCCAUCAGCAGCAGAGGGCAGGGUGCAUCUCAGGGCACGCAGCAGCAGAUGCGAGGGGAGGGGGAGAGCAGCAGUCGGUUCGAGAGCACUCCUGUGGGAGGCAAAGCUGCCCGGCACCGGAAGCCUCAGCGGGCGUGA